GGAUAGUGAGAAAGAGGUCGAUGAAUGAAUAGCUGGAGUGUAGAAUGAAUAUUAGGGAGAGAGAGACAGAGAGACGAAAUUUGAAUAAGUUCUGAGGCAGAAAUCAGUUUCAGUAACUCUUUUGCAUAAAGAGCUAUAAUUGAAGUUGUCGUUUUGUGCGAUGCACGGCGAGAAAAAUUUGAGAGUCGCCAGCGUACAAACUUGGAGUCUAUUGAUUUUUCUAUUUGCUGCAGCUUUUCAACACGUCAGACGUUCGACAUAGAUAUUUCUUAUUUUGCAGCGGGUACGCCCGCUAGUAGUCAAUAUACAAAAAAGAAAUCAUGAAUAAUCGUUCUUUUUUCAUUUAGAAUUGUCGGAAGAAAAAUCACCGAAAGAUGAACCGUCAUCAUCGAAUAAUGAGGAGGAUAAUUUUGGUCAGGCAGAUGCUUUGUCUAAUGGUGAAUAA